AUGAAGACUACCAGUGCACUGAUUCUGCUCCUAUUAGGUGCCGCUCUGAGCGUGGCGAAAGCGGCAGAGGGAGGACUGAGUACAGAGAUGACACCAACCAAGUUGUCAAUGGUGACUAUUGGAACAACAACGAAUACUACGACAGAUCCAGCGAAGAAUAUGACGACUUCGAUCACCAUUACGGUGACAAAGACCACGAUGAUGGAUAAAGAAACAAAUACGAUGACAACGAUAUUAACAAAAACAACGACGGAAACGAUGGUGACAUCGACACAAAUUGACAAUGCAACCCCACAGACGACAAUGAGGCCAAUAGAGGAUCCGGUGAACACACUGCCACCAAUAGGACCACCAAUGCCCGACUGGACAGAAGACCACAUGGGCACAGGCAUGCCGAGUGAGCCAGCGAUGCCGAGUGAGCCAGUGGAAAUGGGAUCGACCAUGGAACCACCAAUACCCGACUGGACAGAAGACCACAUGGGCACAGGCAUGCCGAGUGAGCCAGUGGAAAUGGGAUCGACCAUGGAACCACCAAUACCCGACUGGACAGAAGACCACAUGGGCACAGGCAUGCCGAGUGAGCCAGUGGAAAUGGGAUCGACCAUGGAACAACCCUUGCCUGAAACUACGGUUGUUCAUGUGACUCAGAGCACGUCUGUUGUAAAUGAUGAAGUGGAUGCAUUACCAAAACCAGCAUCGACACAUAAACCAUCCUCGGGCAAUGGUCCUGUAACUUCUCAGAAAACGACAUCAACAAUGUCCAUUCUCUCACCCUCCAUCUCCCUAUCCGCUGUCUUCAUUUUGCUGCUAACCUUGAAGUGA